CGCCUCUUCUCCUCCACCACCCACCUCGCCGCCAAGCAGCCCUACAACCUCGCCGACGUGGGAGAAGGCAUCACCGAGUGUGAGGUUGUCAAAUGGCACGUCUCCUCCGGCGACACAGUCGAGGAGUUCGACCCUCUGUGUGAGGUACAGAGCGACAAAGCCAGCGUGGAGAUCACCUCUCGCUUCUCCGGCGUCGUGUCUGACUUGGCGUGUGAGGUGGGCGGAAUUGUCAAGGUUGGCAGCCCGCUGUGCAACAUUGACCAAGGCAUCGAGGCAGCUUCGUCUGCUCCGGCGCAGGUAAGCCAACCUGCCAAGUCGCCUGCCAUGAACACUCCGGCUUCGAGUGGCUUCGAGGAGGCGGCACACUUUGAUGCUUCGGCUCCCGGUAUCAAGGGCUUGAGCCCGCAAGUGGGUAUCGAGCGCCACCCCAACGCCGAGGCUAUCCAGACUCUGGCCACCCCGGCGGUACGAAGGCUCUGCCACGAGCACAGCCUCAACGUGGCUUCCAUCUCGGGUACCGGCAAGGAUGGCCGCGUCACCAAGGAGGACGUCCUCCGACAUGCUGGCCUGACUGUGGACAACGCCCCCGCCCGUGCACGCGCUGCGGCCUCGUCUCCUAUGGGACCCGUGCAGACAGGCGAGCCCCAGCCCCUCACGGGUAUCCGCAAGGCCAUGUUCAAGGCCCUAUCCCACUCGGCUGCGGUUCCCAUCUUCACCUUCACCGAGGAGAUCGACGUCACCGAGCUCGAGGCUCUCCGCAAGCAGGUCAAUGCCGAUCUGGCGAUGCGAGCAAAGCGCAACCCGGCCAGCAUGGAGGGACAGCCAUCAAAGGUCACCCUCCUGUCAUUCUUGGUCAAGGCGCUCAGUACCGCCAUGCACGACAAUCCUCUCUUCCUCACCCGCCUGCAAUUCAACCGAGCAGCCUCUGCUGCCCGCUUGAUCCCGCGAGCCGCUCACGACAUCUCUAUCGCCCUCUCGACCCCGAAUGGACUCCUCACUCCGACCAUUCGAUCGGUCGAGGGAUCAACGGUGUUGGAUUUGGCGUCGCGCAUCUCCUUCCUGCAGAAGAAGGCAACCUCUACCGGUUUGGGCGCAGCAGAGACCGGCGAUGGGGGAACGAUCACCCUCUCCAACAUUGGCUCAAUUGGUGGCGGACUCGGCGGGACGACACCCGUGCUCCCGCCUACUGGCCAGUUGGCUAUCGGUGCUCUGGGCAGGAUUGUCGACGCGCCGAGAUACUCUGACACUGUUCCUGGCGGCUCCAAGGAGGGUGUGGCGACGCUGGUCCGCCGCAAGAUUCUGCCUGUGACGUUCGCGGGAGACCACAGGGUGCUGCAGGGUACAGAGCUGGCCAAUUUGGUGAUGAGGUGGAAGGACCUCUGUGAGAGGCCG